AUGAAGCUGUUCCAUCUCGGUUUCCAGUGCAAACGCCAGCUGGUAAAGAACUACGGCAGCUUCAACUUGGCUGAAAUCUUCAACCGACCAAGUCUCAUCGGUCGCGGUGGCAGCGACCUCGCAUAA